AUGACGCAUACGCCGCCGUUGUUCCUGCUGCUGCUCAGCAUCAUAGGGGCUCAGGCCGCCGUAGAUGUCCGCACAGCCGCCGCCAUGGCGGCAGGUUUGUGCAAAACUCGUCCCACAGACAUUGUGUUCAUCAUCGAUAGCAGUCGGAGUGUCCGUCCUUCAGAGUUUGAGCAGGUCAAAGUCUUCCUUGCUAAGGUCAUCGAGGGGCUGGACGUUGGACCCAACGCCACUAGAGUGGGAGUUGUCAACUACGCCAGCCGUGUCAAGAAUGAGGUGUCUCUCAAGACACAUCGCACCAAAGCCGGGCUGAUUAAGGCUGUGACCAAGAUCGAGCCACUGUCCACUGGAACAAUGACCGGCCUGGCCAUCCAGUUUGCCCUGAAUGUGGCCUUCAGUGACGCCGAGGGUGCUCGUGUCAAAUCUCCUGAUAUCAGCAAGGUUGCCAUUAUUGUGACAGAUGGGCGUCCCCAGGACAAUGUAAAAGAUGUGGCUCAGCGUGCACGGGAUGCUGGUAUUGAGAUUUUUGCCAUUGGUGUGGGACGUGUGGACAUGAGCACCCUGAGGCAGAUGGCCAGUGAUCCUCUGGAUGACCACGUGGACUACGUGGAGAGCUACAGCGUCAUUGAGAAACUCACCAAGAAGUUCCAGGAGGCCUUCUGCGUGUCGGACCUGUGUGCCACUGGGGAUCAUGACUGUGAGCAGGUAUGCAUCAGCUCCCCCGGAUCAUACAAGUGUGCCUGCAAAGAAGGCUUUACCCUCAUGGACAAUGGUCGCAGCUGCAGUGCUUGCAGCAACUCAGCAACAGAUGUGGUGUUCCUGAUCGAUGGCUCCAAGAGCGUGCGUCCUGAGAACUUUGAGCUCGUCAAGAAGUGGAUCAACCAGAUUGUCGACAAACUGGAUGUGUCUGACAGCAAGGCUCACGUUGGACUGGUUCAGUACUCCAGCCAAGUCAGACAGGAAUUCCCCCUGGGCCGCUACAACAACAAGAAAGACCUAAAAGACGCUGUGAAGAAGAUGGCCUACAUGGAGAGGGGAACCAUGACAGGCCAGGCUCUCCGCUAUCUGACAGACAACAGCUUCGGCGCUGGUCAUGGCGCCCGGCCCGGGGUCACCAAGGUGGGCAUUGUCUUCACAGAUGGACGCAGCCAGGACUACAUUGGAGAUGCUGCCAAGAAGGCCAAGGAGCAUGGUUUCAAGAUGUACGCUGUUGGAGUUGGCAACGCAGUGGAGGAUGAGCUGAAAGAGAUCGCCUCUGAGCCAACUGCAGAGCACUACUUCUACACUGCUGACUUCAAGGCUAUGACCCAGAUUGCCAAGAAGCUGCAGAUUAACAUCUGUCAAGAGGAGGACCCUUGUGAAUGCGACUCCCUCGUAAAGUUCCAAAAGAAAGUAGAAGACGCCCUACAGGCACUAACAAAAAAAUUAGACAGCAUGUCGAAGAGGAUCGCCUUGCUGGAGAACAAAAUCGUCUGAGGACUCACAUCCCACUCUUUUCUAUACUUCCACACACCCACAUACACACACAUAAACACACACAAACACACACACACAAACACUUUUUACUUCCUGUAAAAUACUGAAGAGGAACCCGUAUGUGUGUGUGUGUGAGAACCCUGACCUCUGCUUGUUUCCUGAGCUCUCCCGAAACCACCUCUGCCCCCUCCUCUCUCGGUCUUACCUCGUCCAGCCUUGGGUCUUCUGGGACACAAAGCGCCGGUUGCCAUGGGGACCACGCCUUUGUGUGUGCUCCGAAGGUCAUCCUCCAUAGCCAGCCUGUGUGUUUGUUAAUAAAAGUCUUCCCUCAUAGGGAAACGGUGACAGUACGCUGAAGGGUUUUUCUUUGUUGCUGCCACAAUGUUGAAUUCCCCCAAAACCCCAUAGAGUCUGUGUUGUCAUGUCAAACGGAGCAGCGCAUCGCCCUCACUUGUUUCUGACACUGUCAUCUUUCCCUCCCUCCUCUCAUAUAUGAAGUCAUCAACUUUCCUCACUCCUAUCUAAUAUUGUAUAUGGUAUAUAUAAAUAU